CUUCAAAUCCUUAGCCUUGCCUCGAUAGCAGAGGGCUGAAUAUCAUGCCGACCAAUUCUCGCUACAACCCACAAUAACCCGACACCGAGACCCUUCGAGCGCGCCUACGCAAUGGCUGUCCUCGACGGAUUCCUCUCCUCCAUCCUCAAGUUCCUCAAAGCAAAGGAUGCCGUCCAGCUUCAGAGCUUCCUCCAAGUCGAGCCCCCACUACCCGCCGAGUAUCUCCAAUUGAGCCAAGAGCUGAAGUCUUCCUGGAGCGAUAGCAAGAGGCUUGAACAGCACAUCGAGAAGCUUCUGCCGUUCAAUGAUGAUGACAGAGCUGAGGAGGGUGGUUCGUGGCCUGGCUUCCUAGUCUUCAUACAAGACUACCUGGAAUUCUGGAAGGAUGCAGACUUUGAUGACUUGGUGUCGACGCAUGUGAAGCUGUCUUCAUUAAUAGUCUCUUGCAAUACCGCCAUGUCGAAUGCAACAUAUGGAAUAGUGAUGCUUCCCACUUCCAUACGGCUUUGCUCAAGUCUUGCAAGACUUGCUAUAAUGCUCGACAAAAGACCCGACUUAACACGGAGAAUGGUGGAAGUGAAGGAUGUUGACCAAGGAGAAAAGAAGACGUUGGUGGAAGCUACAGCGGAAACUAUACAACGGGCAUUCACAUUGUGCCUUAACGAGAGGACGGCAAGUAGGAAUGGGAUAGGUCGAGAUGGAAAGCCAGAAGGGAAGAAGAUUGGUAUAUACUCAUUUGCGAAUAUGGUUCUCAAAUUGCUCUUCAAAAGCCGAAAAACUUCAUUGGCAAAACAACUGUUUACGAAUAUCGUGGCCGCCUCACCACCAUUAGGUCUCUACCCAGCAGCGCAACGCGUUACCUAUCUGUACUACCUUGGCCGAUAUCAUUUUGCGACUGGCCACUUCUACUAUGCACAACAAUGCCUUCAGUCAGCAUAUGAUCAAUGCCAUAAUCGAUGCAUCAAACAGCGUCGAGCGGUUCUCAUAUAUCUCGUCUCUGCAAAUCUCAUACUAGGUCGGCUGCCUUCUCCAGCAUUCGCAAGUCGGCCAGAAUCAGACGUCCUUGCAAAGUUUAUACCAAUCGCAAACGCGAUUCGAAAAGGAGACAUGCCAGCAUUCAAGAGAGCCUUAGGUCCGGAAUCUGGAAAUGAAAGGUGGUUCUUCGAGCAUGGGAUUCUGCUACAGUUGCAAUCGAGAUGCGAAGUUCUGGUCUGGCGCUCGCUGGCUCGUAGAGUCUUCCUUCUUACCUACAAGUUUCCCUGGGAUCCGGAAUCCAAGAAAGCUCCAACACUGAGUUUGGAUGAUGUAGUCGUUGCUUUUCAGCUGUGCCAAAAACUUCUGGAAGGGUGGCAGAAACCAGUUGAUACACACGCGUUCAUGCAAUCAGGACGCACCCACCCCAAUGCAAUGUUCAUGAAACCUCCAGACCUGGCCCCUCCUCAAAAUGGUCCCAAAAGUCUACCCAUCGGACGGGGUACGAUUUUUGGCAAUAAGAUGCCAGGAUUAAGCGACAUCGAACCUAUCAUUGCAAGUCUUAUCCAGCAAGGCUUGUUGCAUGGUUUCAUUAGCCACACUCAGGGCAAAUUUGCUAUAAUUGGAGCGAAGCAGAGAGGUGGGCCACUACAAGCCGGAUUUCCACCUGUGUGGGAGGUUCUCCAUGAGAGGGCUGUUUCUCAGAAUAGGGUUGCCGAAUGCCCAGGUUGGGUCCAGAGAGAAAAGAAUCUUGGUAUGGGAGGAGUAGUCAACUUGACCGGGGCUCGGCCAGCCGGGGAGAACGGCUGAAGAGUGCAGGAAGGCACAAGGGAAAUUUAAGAAAAUAAGGAUGAAGGAAAUCCAAGACAACCACGUCCCUAAGGAAGAGGUGCACGCUUUCCGGUAUGGAUAGAACUGGAAGUAAUUGGAUUGUGUUUCAAUCACCAGCCCUAUCGUCAUCCUCAGUCCUCCAAUAUGACUUAGCCUCGAUAUCUUGACGCUUCUCUACUUUCGUUUGAUCCACGUUUACUGUCCCACCCAUCUGGCCAGUUGUGCCGUAUUGUGGUCCGCGAAGUUCUUUCUGUAGUGGUGGAGACUGUGUAAUUCUUGAUUGGCUGGAAAUGUUGACCGAACGAGCACCUGUUGAGGUACAAAGCGUCAUUUGUUGUAAUGCCUCUUGGUUGAAGCGUGCGCUUUCUCUGGCUCCCUCGUAUGGCGAUUGAUAUUGUUGCUGUUGGGAAGCAUGAGUCAAAACCUUCACCGCGCUAGGCAAUUGGUAUGAGGGAUUGUGCAAUGGGCCAGCGGACGCUACCAUCUUAGUAUGAGGUGCUUGUCGUGGAUUGAUGGGUGGUGGUGGAGCAAGUACUCGGGUUUUCCUAUGGGUUGGACGGCCGAGGGCAGUAGGAGGAUGAAUCGAUGUCAUCAGCGGUGGGAAGGGAAGGCUCAGUUGAGGUCGCUUCUCCGAGGUCUUUGAUGAAGAAGCCAACCUUCGAGCUUGGGUUUGUUGUAUUGAAGAAUCUGCAAAAGCAAGAGCUUCCUCACCACUCACUUCGGAACCCGGCUGGAACUUGUCGAUAUAGGGUACGAAUCCUUGCUUAUCACGCUUGCGUUCAGCGUCUUGCCGAGCUGUUCAUCUUGUUAGAUCGCCGGUCAUGUACACAGAACAAAUUGAAACCUACCUCUGGCGAAUUGCAUGACACCAUCGGCACCCCAACUUCCCAAGAUCGCCUCCACCGGAACCCGUCCCCAUACCAGAAACUCCUCACCAACCAUACUGUUCGUGUGGACUACCUCUGUAUGCAAACCCCGGCCAAUGCUCACAGUGGCUCUACCUCUUAUGAUUGAGACACCCAUAUCUCUAAGGCUCGCGCCACGAACACAGUAAACUCUAUACUCCGUGUCCGAUCCCUUUCUCAGAAGCUCCGCCUCCCACUCAGCAAGAGUUCUCUUGGAGUACAGGCCAACGAAUUGCACAUGUGUCGUUGUCUGGAAUGUAUCCUGAUUAUCCAUGAUUCCACAGUACUUGUCGUAGAAAGCCUCAAGGUGGAGUUUAGAUGCUGGGAAAGAGUCGCGGUUCUCCUCGUGAGGCUCUAUUCCGCUGCUUGCGGCUCGGAAGCCCUUGAGUGAAGGGGAGCUGGGCGAUUUGUCGGACCAGCGUUGGCAGGCUUUGAAGAGGUAGGUGGGGAUCUCGUCACCGUUAAGGCGGGGGUCUUCGGCGGGGUUGAUGACCGUGCGGGCUGCGUUUGCCAUGGUGGCUGUGAUCAUUGGCUCUAUGUAGGAUGAGGUGCGCUUCAGCACAGUCACAGUGGAUUUGUUGGUUUUUAGGUAUCCAAGAUCUUUUGGUUGAGAUCGAGAUCGAAUUUCAAUAGCUUGAAAGGAAGGGGAAGGAAGAAGCAGCUCAACAUCAAAAGACAAUGCUUUAUUGUGCGGGUUGAGGUGCAGCUACGCGCGAAACGAUCCAUUUUCCAUUUGAGUGAAUUUCAGGACGUACUUUCACUUCAGCCUUGCUGUCAUCGUGUCGCUUUGGAAAGUGAAUUCCAGACUAUUUCGCACUCCGUUGCGGAGGACGAUGAUGUGGCAUGUCUUUCCACCGGGCCAGACAACAAUCAAAGCUUUUGUCACGUUAUCAAAUGCGUCUUUUAGCGAACAUCAAUAUACACUGUCAAGAAAGCUCAUUGAGACAACUCGAGUGGUAGGAUAUUUACAUAUCGUCUUGCUCAAAGGCCUUCUUCUUGCUUGUGGUGAAGAAUUGUUAUAAAUUCUCUGGUUGGG